AUGGCUGCUAUCGAGAAGGUCCAGCCAACGCUGCGAACAAACCGCCUGGAACUGGUGCCUUUCGGGCCUGAACACCGGGAGCACACCAUGAAGCUCGAUAUGGACCCGAAAGUGAUGAAGCACGUCGCAUUCGGCCGGCCAUUCACCGAGGACGAGGCCAUCCAGGUGCACACCUGGCUGAUGAACUGCGCGAACUUAGUUCCCGGUUUCGGAACUUGGGCAGGGUACGCCCAAGGGGAGUUCGUAGGCUGGUGGAUCCUUGGUCCAGUCCCCAAGAAGGACAACCCUGAGAAAUUCCUGACCGACCGCACCGAGUACGGAUUCCGGGUAUCGCCGAAGUUCUGGGGGCAGGGGUAUGCAAAGGAAGGGGCGCGAGAGAUGAUUCGACAUGCCUUCGAAGACUUGGGACUAGUGGAGGUGAUUGGUGAAACGAUGACCGUCAAUAGCGCUUCUCGCGCCGUAAUGGCUGCUUGUGGGCUGAGGCAUGUUGAUACCUUUUUCAAUACAUACCCAACACCACCACCCGGAAUUGAAGAAGGUGAAGUGCGGUAUUCAAUUACAAGGGAUGAAUGGUGCACAAAACAAGAUAUUCGGGCACCACAAGGUUCGGUUCGAUUGAGGUGGUCGCCUAGCACGGCCUUGUACAAAUUGUAUUGCUACUUGUUGAAGGUGUUGCGUUAG